AAUACAAACAUCGUCAACUCUCCGUAUCAUGCGAGUCUUGCCGAAUCGCAGAGCCAAAGACUUGCCAGUUGCCACUCAUUCUCUCUCUAGAAAUAUCUUUCUCUCUCUAUAUCUCCUUGGUUGUUUUAGUUUAUUCAUUGAAGUUUGAUGCUUAGAGUGUUCGAUUCUCUUCACUAGUCCACAAUGCAGCACCAGUAGUACUUAUUUGGGCUGCCAAGUCUCUAUGGUACUCGGUUCAUCUCUGAAGCAACAGUGAAAUCGCAGAGAUGAUGAGAAAACAUUUCAGUUAUCUUCUUCUUCCACUUCACAUUUUCUCUGUUUUUCUCCUCUUCUACUCCUCCUCUUCUGAUGGGUUUUCAGAUCUUCAAGCGUUGUUGAAGCUCAAAGCCUCCAUGAUCGGACCAACUGGUUCUGGACUCCAUGAUUGGCAAGACGACGACUCGUCUAAUUCGCAUUGUUUGUUCUCUGGAGUUUUGUGCGAUGACGAGUCACGAGUCAUCUCUCUAAACGUCUCCAACGUUCCUCUCUUCGGCACCAUCCCGCCGGAGAUAGGGCUUUUGGACAAGCUCGUCAAUCUCACUCUCACCUCCGACAAUCUCACCGGUAAGCUUCCGAUGGAGAUGUCCAACCUCACCUCAAUCAAGUUCCUCAAUCUCUCUAAUAACGCCUUCUCCGGUGAGUUCCCUGGAAAUAUGGUGGUCACGAUGACGGAGCUUGAAGUGGUCGACUUUUACAACAACAACUUCAGAGGAAACCUCCCGGAGGAUUUCGUGAAGCUGAAAAAUCUCAGAACUCUUCAGCUAGGCGGGAACUAUUUCAACGGAGUGAUUCCGGAAGCCUACUCUGAGUUUCCGAGCUUGCAAAUCUUAGCUUUGCAGGGUAAUUGGCUCACCGGAAAGAUUCCGGUUAGUUUGUCUCGGUUAUCCAACCUUCAAGAACUAUACAUCGGCUACUGGAAUCAAUACUCCGGAGGUAUUCCGCCAGAGUUGGGGUUGUUGAGCUCGCUCCGAAUCCUUGAUCUCGGAAGUUGUAACCUCACCGGCGAGAUUCCGACGAGUCUGAGCAAUUUGAAGAUGUUACACACUUUGUUUCUGCAAAUCAAUAACCUCACCGGUCACAUUCCGUCGGAGCUGUCCGGUUUGGUCAGCUUGAUGUCACUCGAUCUCUCCAUCAACGAACUCACCGGAGAAAUUCCGCCAAGCUUCUCGGAGUUGAAGAAUCUGACGCUGCUCAACCUGUUCACCAACCAUCUCUACGGUCGCAUUCCGUCGUUCAUCGGCGAUCUUCCGAACCUCGAGGUGUUACAGAUUUGGGGGAACAACUUCACGUUCGAAUUGCCGGAAAAUCUCGGCCGGAACGGGAGGCUAUUGCUACUCGACGUCUCGUUAAACCACCUCACCGGAACAAUUCCUCACGAUUUGUGCAGAGGAGGGAGAUUGAAGAUGUUGAUUCUGAUGGAGAACUACUUCUUCGGACCGAUUCCUGAAGAACUCGGUGAGUGCAAGUCAUUGGUUAAAGUACGUAUCAUGAAGAACUUCUUCAACGGCACUGUUCCUUCUGGCUUCUUCAACUUGCCAUUAUUGGAACAACUCGAGCUCAGAGACAACUACUUCACCGGCGGACUCCCGACGGAGGUUUCUGCCAGAUCACUCGCAAGUCUCACGUUGUCAAACAAUAGGAUCGCCGGAGAAAUACCUCCGGCGAUCGGAAAUCUGGUAAGCUUAAUCACUCUCUCACUCGAAAUGAAUCGAUUUUCCGGUGAAAUUCCCAAGGAAAUCUCCAAUCUAAAGAUGCUUACUACCAUAAACAUCAGUGCAAACAGCAUCACCGGUGAAAUUCCGGCCACAAUUGCACACUGUACAAAACUAAACUCAAUUGAUUUGAGUCGGAACAGUUUAGAAGGUGAAAUACCUAAAGAAAUUUCUAGGCUCCAUGACUUGAACGCUCUCAAUUUGUCAAUGAACCAACUGAGCGGUCAAAUACCUAAUGAAAUGGGAUUAAUGACAAGCCUGACAAUCCUAGACCUUUCUGUUAACAACUUCUCUGGCCGGCGUCCAAUCGGCGGGCAGUUAAGAAACUUCGACGGCAAGUAUUUCGCCGGAAAUCCGAAUCUCUGUUUCUCACGCCAUCAGAUUUGCCCCUCUAUUCAGACUACAGCUCAAUCCUCUCACAAAUCUCAUCGGACGUCGUUUGGUACGUCGAAACUCAUCAUCACCACAAUCAUUCUCGUUACUGUGGCAUUGUUAUUGGUUGUUACAUUGAUGAGGAUUAGAAAGAAGAGACUUCAGAGAUCAAAAGCUUGGAAGCUCACGGCAUUUCAACGGCUCGAUUUCAAAGCCGAGGACGUUCUUGAGUGCUUGAAAGACGAGUACAUCAUUGGUAAAGGUGGUGCUGGGAUUGUCUACCGCGGGUCCAUGGCAAUUGGGGUUGAGGUCGCGAUCAAACGGUUGGUUGGUCGGGGUAGUGGACGGAAUGAUCAUGGUUUCUCGGCCGAAAUUCAGACUUUGGGAAGAAUCCGGCAUAGGAAUAUUGUGAGGUUGCUGGGGUAUGUGUCUAAUAAAGACACAAACUUGUUGCUGUACGAGUACAUGCCUAAUGGGAGUCUUGGAGAGAUGCUGCAUGGUUCGAAAGGGUCUCACUUGCAGUGGGAGAUGAGGUACAGGAUCGCGGUGGAGGCUGCGAAGGGCCUGUGUUAUCUACACCAUGACUGUUCGCCUCUGAUCAUACAUAGGGAUGUGAAGUCCAACAAUAUAUUGCUUGAUUCGGAUUUUGAGGCUCAUGUGGCCGAUUUUGGGCUCGCCAAGUUCUUGCAGGACGCAGGUGCCUCCGAGUGCAUGUCCUCCGUUGCUGGCUCGUAUGGUUACAUUGCACCAGAGUAUGCCUACACACUGAAAGUGGAUGAGAAAAGCGACGUCUACAGCUUUGGUGUUGUGCUGUUGGAGCUGGUAGCAGGGCGGAAGCCAGUGGGCGAGUUCGGGGAUGGUGUGGACAUAGUGAGGUGGGUGAGGAAGACGAUAUCAGAACUCUCCCAGCCGUCUGAUGCAGCAUCGGUGCUUGCAGUUGUGGACCACAGGCUCACUGGGUACCCACUUACCAGUGUCGUAAAUCUGUUCAAGAUUGCCAUGAUGUGCGUCGAGGAUGAGAGCGCCUCAAGACCCACCAUGAGGGAAGUGGUUCACAUGCUCACUAACCCUCCCCAGACUGCCCCCAACCUCAUCGCUCUUUAGCCUUCUAUUUUGGUACUCUAUGGCAGUCUGAAGUGUUUUUGGAGUGAAUAAUUAGGCAAAUGGAACUGUAAUUAAUAAUUUGUAAUGGUAAGGUUGGUUGUGCUUCUUGUAUUGGCAUGAGAUUGCUACUUUGAUUUCUGUUUCCUUGUUAACUUCUCUAGUAGGCCACUAUUUUCAAUGUUUUGCUGAAAUGUAUAUGUUGAUAUCUAAUGGUACUUCAAAGAAGUGCGAUGA